UCAAAUUGCUGUCGAUCACAAAAUGCGAAACUCUAUUGGCUGGUCAACUGUCUACGACAACAAUGUAAACAACCGUUGUCUGACUACAUAUCCCAGGAUGCAACACAGCCACACAAUUCGAAAAGUAAGCGGAGCUCGUUUUUUGAGAAACAUCAAACUAUACGACGAAUUUGCAAUGAGCUGGUGGUUAUAUUCAGAUGUAGUUUGUUUUUCAGAGUUUAAAUAGCGUAUAGCUUGUUAAAUAGUGAGCUAAAAGACCGUUUAAUCCCAUAGUAACGUAAUGACGCGACGGUUAAGAAACGCUCAUGCAACAUAGAAACCCUGUCAUUCGGAUCACAUAGUUAAACUAUUGUCUUUAUUUAGACAUUUAUGGGUGCUACAGUAUGACGAAACUUCACUUGCGUCCUGUGUUUUUAUUAAGAAGUACAGAUUUGCAGGAACGCUAUGAGAUCAAGCGGUGCAGCUGUUUUCACAAGACAAAAUCCAUUUCCUCCGGAUCCCCCUUUGUCCAGGAGACAUUACAGUCCAUCUAGAUCCAGAAAAAUCCCAAAGCAACAAAAAAGACUGGCCUUGAGUCCUGUCCGGUUUACUGAGGCACCCAGACCUUCAGAUCCUCCUACUCAGGAGCCACCUUUGAAGACAGAGGACGGGGUCUGCCAUGAGAGAUUACAUAGUGUCCUGCUCUGCCCUCCCACUACUGAACGCCAACUGAGCUACUCCGAGUCUUGGCCUUCUACUGACCUGAGUUGCUCUACAGACAACACUAACACUUCUGCCUGCUCUGAAGCUCAGAUGCAAGCCGUGAGAAACAUGGUUGCACCAGCGACAAUUGAGACAAAGGAACCCUCAGUUCUUUCAAAGUACAUCGAAAACUUCCGUUUCGGAAAGCCACAGAGUCAAGAAGAAAGACGCCUUCAGGCAGCUGACUGCGAAGAUGACCAGCCGUUUUGGUGGAUGUCCACAUCUCCUCCAUCCAGUUCAACACCAACACAACCAUCACAGAAAUAUAUCAGAGAACCACUUGACCUCAUGAACGAUGGCCCCGCCAGCACCGAGAGCCCCAUCUCAAAGCCACGGCAUGGUGACACCACGCUGUCUCCAGCUAGACACAUGCUUGAUCUUAGUAUGCUGACAUUAACUGAAUCGUUCCACUGUGAUCAAGAAGAACCAGAGAUACUGCAGCUACAGGAGCGGGCCAGCCGUUUACUGCAGAGGAGUGAGCAUUCACUCAGCAGUGGCUCCGUGCCUAUCAGCUCUGAGGGUCUGGGCUGCUCUGAUUUCUCCUCCUCCGUAAGCACUGAUGAGCCGGUCCGAAGACCAUUCGUGCCCACCUUAACAGGCUCAACCAACAAGCCCAGUUUGUGCAAGGGAACGUCUUUUCCUCCUGCAGUUGGUUCUGAGAGAUCAGGUGUCCGUCGUGAAGAUGACAUAUUGUUUCAGUGGCGACUAAGGAGGAAGAUGGAACAGGCCAGACAAUGGAGUCAGGAGGCCCCUUCCCACAAUUCUGUUCUCCAUAUACCUCUAUCUCACAGUGUUGGACCAAACCAGAAGGCACACUGUGGCAAUUUAAACAGCAUGCCUCAUCAGAGAGCACACCUCUCAUUCACACCGGUCACCCUCGCUAACCUUGAUCCUCCAGUCCCUGAGUCUGCUCUCCCUAUGUCAAGCCCCAGCAUCUCCAGACUCCAGCCUGAAGUCACCCGGGAGCAGCCAGACCAUGAUAUCCAACCCAAACCCCUUCCCCAGCAAAGACUGUCCUCAAGGAAAGCUGUCACAAAGCAACCACAACAUCACAAGCCAAUCAGAACACAAGUCAACAUCCCAGAGACCACAGCAGAUCACCACAGAAGGCAGAAGUCAUCUUCUCCAUCUCCACAGACUUCUGAUAGCACAGAGGAGCGGUGGCCGGUUCCUCACGAGAACAAAGACACAGCAGUCAAAGGAAAGUCUGAAAAUGAGAGACGUGAGAAGUUUGCACCUUCAUGUCGAAAGAAAAAAUCUGAACGACAUGGUGGCGACCGAGGCAACAGUGCAAUGAGGGUCAGACAUGCUAGGGGUCAUGAAGGGGUCAGUUGCAAACCGGAGGAGCCGAGUGGAAAAAGCAGGUGGCAGGAAGAGGGUCAAAGGUCGACACGAGGAGGACGGUCUGGAAAUCGAGCACCACCUCCUUCACCUAUACAUAAUGCUCUGGGACAGGUUGUCUCUGAGGUGCUUUUUGCCGGUACAGACUCUCCAAGCCAGUGCAAGACUCCAAGUUCUUCAGAUUGCCCGGUAUAUACCCCGCCUCCACCCCCACAAUCCCCUGUUGCCUCUUCUGGUAUGCAGCAGCCCUUGGAGGUCAUAGGUCAACUCAUGCAGGAUGCGGAAGACUCAGAUGGGCAGGAAUUUGAAGACGAUCCUUUGUUGCAAGUCCUCAGACAGCAGAGGAAAUGGGUGAAGGAGCAACUUUGUGAGGUUGAUAAGAUGCUCCAGCAGCUCUGAAGCACCUGUUUAGUGAUGCAAUGUUUCACAUUAUCAUGUUUAUUUUGAUACUAUUUAUUCUGUUAUGUAUGAAUGCAUUUCUAAAUAAAGACCUUUGCAAAUAAACAAGGGUGUUACAAUAUAUUUAUUGAUAUUCAUACUGUACAUCACACAAAUAGUAGAUCAACUAAAUAAUACUUACAUAGUUCAUU